CCAGACGUUGCUGCUGCAGUGCCAGGGAGUGGCAGGAUCCAGCACAAAGGGUGCUGGCUUGUUCUCCUUGUACAGGCUUCAAUCUUUCAUGGUCAAUGUUUGGACAAAUGACAGACAGCCAGAAACACAGGUGCUUUUCCCAGUCUUGAGGGUUUUGAGCCUAUGUCUUUCUCGCGCAAUAUUUUUAACCAUUAGGACAAUGUUGAGUUAGGUUCGGAUUAAGCCAGAGGUCCUACGACCUGUGCGUUCAGAGAGGAGACAAAAAGUGCAACAUCAUCCGCUAAUUUCUUCUUGAUAUUGUGCAAGCUUUGUCAACGUGAUUGUGGACUUGAGCUGGAUUUGUGCAAAGCAUUUGUGCUCAGCGAGAAAUUCGUCCAGUUUGCGUAGACAAUGCCAAUAUCCGUGCUUCCGGCGCCUUGCACGAUCAGUGCCCUUGUACAGUUCGGACAUCCAGCAGCACAAUACAUCCGCAAGGUCAGAAGCGGCGAGGUGUUGACAAAUAUUGAUUACGUCUUGUUCACCACCUAUUUCGUCAUUUGUGCGAUUUGGAUGUUCCUCGAGUCGAUCCUACUGUGGGCGCUAGUCGAGUACUGCCCGUUGUUCUUAGAAGCCAAGAUACUGUUUUUUUGGUGGCUAGCGUCCCCAGAGUACAAAGGGGCUGUCUACUUGUGGUAUGCACACAUCAAACCGAUGCACAAAAUCUUGGACGAGAAAUACUACGAUAGCUUUAUGACGGCUGUGCAGAAGGCUGCUUUGCCAGAAGUUCCCGCGGCAGAGACAUCAAGUGGAGAUGUCAGUGACAAAGAGAAGGUGAUACGGGAUAUGCUUGAAAAGAAAGGCUCAUGACUGCAGAGAUGUUUCACCCGAAGUUCAGGCUGAGUCUCUCAGCCGUCAGUGAGUGCAGUUGGGCUGUUGGUUGACCCUUCUGGGGGCGACGGUACCGGACAGUGAAGCAGCUUGAAAA